CAGGAGUGGACUGACAACUCAUGGGGCCCCCGGGCAAUAAGGGAUCAUGGGGACCCCGUGUCCUUGCCCAAACUCAAAAAAGCCUAUGAAAAAAAGUACCAGGGGCAUCUCAUGGGGCCCCCUACUGACCCUAGGCCCUCAGGCAUUGCCCGAGUUUCCAAACGGUCAGUCCGCCCCUGGUUUACACACGUUUUCAGGUGCUCCCAUUAAAAUCUUUUGGGGCACAAAACCACAGACUCUGGGUGAUACAUCUGUUUCUGCAUUUUCAAUUUUUCACAAUAGUUAAAGUGGUUGUAAAGGCUCAAGGUUUUUUACCUUCAUGCAUUCUAUGCAUAAAGGUAA